AUGUUCCCAGACAUUACGCCGACCACUGUGACAAAAUAUACAUUGUGUAUGCAGUAUGAGAUACUUAUGUUUUUGUUUUUAAGAGUGUUGUAUGAGCCUGAACAUAGUCCCUGCCAACCUGCAGAUCGUUUAUCAAAACGGCCAGCUGGACCACCACAUCGAAAAACUAGUCUACCAAAACAUUCAGAAGUUAAAAAAAGAUUUCUUGAAAUAUGUGAUAAAACAUUAUCCGAUGAUAUAAAAUCAGCUUUAAGAUUACCAGCAUUUGAUUCAUAUGAUUGGGAGGAUGCCGAUGUUAUAUAUUUAAUGCAAACAAUGUUUAUUGAAUUGGGUUUAAUUGAUAAAUUUAAUAUACCAAUUGAUACACUUAGAGAAUGGUUAUAUGAAGUAUAUAAACAUUAUAAUGAAGUACCAUUUCAUAAUUUUCGUCAUUGUUUUUGUGUUGCACAAAUGAUGUAUGCUAUAAGCCAUCAAGCGAAUUUAUGCCAACGACUUGGUGAAUUAGAAGUUUUAAUAUUGUUGGUGUCAUCAAUAUGUCAUGAUCUAGAUCAUCCCGGUUAUAAUAAUAUUUAUCAAAUAAAUGCCAGAACAGAAUUAGCUUUAAGGUAUAAUGAUAUAUCACCAUUAGAAAAUCAUCAUUGUUCGAUUGCUUUCCGUUUAUUAGAACAUCCUGACUGCAAUAUAUUCAAAAAUUUCAGUAGAGAAACUUUUAAUUUUAUUCGAGAGGGAAUAAUAAGAUGCAUAUUGGCAACGGAUAUGGCACGUCAUAAUGAAAUCCUAACACAAUUUAAAGAUAUCAUUACAACUUUUGAUUACUCAAAUCGAUCCCAUAUAAAUUUGUUAUGCAUGGUCCUUAUAAAAGUUGCUGAUAUUUCAAAUGAAGCUAGACCAAUGGAUGUUGCUGAACCAUGGUUAGAUCGUUUAUUUAAAGAAUUUUUUGCACAAAGUGCAGCAGAAAAAUCUGAAGGAUUACCGGUUACACCAUUUAUGGAUCCAGAUAAAAUAAGUAAACCGGGUAGUCAAGUACGUUUUAUUGGUCUGGUAUUAUUACCAUUAUUUGAAGCUUUAGGUGAAUUAUUACCAGAAAUUAUAGAAUUAAUAAUUAUUCCUGUUCGUAUUGCAUUGGACUACUACAAAUGCCUAAAUGAUGCUCAAAAUAAGCAACGUAAAUCUGUUGCAGAAUCAAAUACAGAAAAUGGUUCGGAAUCAAAUGGAUCAUGUUCUCCACAAAUACCACGUUCACAAUCUGGAAUUAGUGUAAAAUCGCGUCGUAGUAUACCAUCUCAAAAAUCAACAUCUCGUACAUCUGUCGAUGAGCCAACAUGUAUUGCAGCUGAAUUACAUGAUUUACCUGAAGGUAGUGAAAGUGGUGAUUCUGAAACAGCAACUGAAGUUGAUGUAGCCGAAAAGACAUCAAAAUUUAAAGUUGAUACAGAAAGUGGAAAUCGUUCUAAAGCAUCACAUUCAACAUGUCAUCGUAAAUCGAAUCGAGAGAAACGUCCAUCAAUGAUAAGUGAAAUGUGUAGUUCUGGUGGUAGAAUGCGUAAUUCAUAUGGAAAUAUUCAUGGUUAUCAUACAAAUCGUGGACAUUUUGGUUCAAAUCGUGCAGUCAGUUUAGAUCAAUACAGUUGUAAUAAUCGUAGAUCAUCGGAUGGCUUACAACAAGUAAUUUCUGAUAGUUAUGUAUUUUAUAAUCGUCAAAAUGAAGGCUUACAAUCGCAACAGAAUAGUAGCGGUUCAACAUCAACACCAGCUAGUGAUAAACCAAAGAAUGAACAACAUUGUGUUGUAUUAGGUGAAGAUGUUGUUAAUAUGAAUUCAUCACAAAUGUAUUGUGAUCAAUUAAUGUUACGUCAAAUGAAUUUAGCUUGCCAUUCAACAAAUGCAUCAAUUGGUUCUAUAACACAACAUCAUCAACAACAGCAUUUACUUUUAUUACAACAACAGCAACAAUUACAAGAACAUAAUCAAAAAUUAGAACAUGGUAGUUGUGGUGGUGGUGGUGGUAGUGGUGGAGGCGGUGGAAUUGCUGGUAUCGGUAAAACAGGAUCAUUAAUUGGUGUUAAUAAAUCUUCAAAUAUUGAUAAUACAAAUCAACAAUGUUCCUCUAGUUAUAAUCAAAAAUCAUGGAGAGCACGUUUUAAACAAAUAACUGAUAUUUUUUCAAUAUUUGAUAAAGGUAAUAAAAGAUAUUCAUCUAAGAGUAAUUCUGAUCCUGCACGUAACAAUAAUACAACAAAUGGUGCUAAAGAUGUCACAAAACAAGGUUUAUGUUGUACUAUUUCUAAUAAUUAUUUCCCAUCGAAUGCCAAACAAAAACAAUUAAAACAUCAACAAUCCCAAUAUAUUAUACAACAAUCGGAAAUAACAAAUAUUGGUAGAAAUCGUGCAUAUAGUUUAGAUGUACCAUGUAGUACAUAUCGUCAACAACGUUAUAGUAGUAGUAGUGGUGGUGAAUCAAGAAAAUCAUCACGUAAUGAAGAUAAUAGUAAUCGUCAAGAUGUAUUCACUGAAGACAAUAAUAGUUACAAUACAAGUAGUGGUGAUGCACCACCAAUUCGUAUAAGUGGUGGUGAUGGUUCUGAUAAUACAAUACCAAUAAGUACACAACCUUUGCCUAAAGUAAUAACUCCAACAUUUGAAGAAGAUUUAAUUGAUUCAGCAAUAUAUACAUCAUCUGAACAACAGCAAAAUCAACAACAACAACAACAAAAUAUAAUUGGUAGUAGUAAUGGUGAUUAUAAUUCAACUGGUUGUGGUCAUGAUAGCAGUGGUAAUUAUUCAAGUAAUCAACCAAAAAUUUGACAUAGAAGUUCUGAUACAAAUACAAGUUCAAAUGGUUAUGUUCCACCACCAAUAACCGAUUAUAAUAAUGAUGGUAAUAGCUGUAAUGGUAGAAGUCUUAGUGCUAAUGAUUUAACAGAUUAUACAAAUAAUUUUUGGUCAAAUUUAAGUGAUCGUUUAAGUUCAUUUGCUUGUAAAUGCUGUAAACAGAAUUUACCUGAACCAGAAAAUGUAUAAAAAACAAUUGAAGAAAAAAUAAAAAAAUAUUUAUAUUGAAUAUUUAAAAAAUUGAAUUUAAAAUAAAUUUUUA